AUGGAUAUGCAGUUUGCGAACAAAUUCACUCUCACUCACCACACCAAGACAGUCAAUGUAUUGGCUCAGCAGGAUAUAUUAGUGCGGAUCACUUGGAUUGAUGUCGAUGAUCAUGGAGAGACAACCUUUGCAUUCGGGGCAUCAGAUGGCAACAUCCAAAUCUAUGAAAGAAUCAAUGAUGCACUUUUUGAAUUUUGCAGUACUACCAUCGGUCACUCGGGUCCGGUAGAGUUGCUUGCUUGGGAUCCCAUGCAUCGUCAACUAGCGAGUGCCAGUGACAGUUGGCCCCACAUUUGGAACUUCACACCAGACAAAAAUCUCGUUUCUAUCACCUCAAAGCUCGACAAGCAGCCAUAUGUGGCGCGCACAGUACACUUCUACGACAAUGGUGCUUCAAUACUAGUAUCAUAUCUUGAAAGUGGUGAAAUGUACGUGUACCAUAAAAAUUGUGAUUUUACUCUGACUUGGCACAAGAAAGUCCAGGGAAGGAUUACUGGUGCAUACCAAGACAGAGGUAGUCAUACAAAGGGCGCACUGGGUGCACUGUUGUUACCUGGCAGCUGCUUUGAUGGACACAGUAGUGUGAAGGUCUGGGGGGAGGGCAAAUUGACAUCGACAGAGGACAAUGAGACACAUAAGUUACCCUCAGUGGAAUCUUUACCUGCCUCCCAGCUGCUUUGGUUUGCGAUUAUCUGCAUGCUUGUGAACAUGCUCAUGCAUGCUCUUCAGUCGGGCACAGUAUCAGAACUUUUCCUCUUGCUUCAGGGCAGUGUGACACGUGUCAUUGGGGCUUUGUAA